AUGCACACACAUGCCAUACGCUGUAAUACAAGGCUAUUGUAUUCAGUACUGCCGCCAUCGGUGGCCAAUGAGCUCCGGCACCAGAGGCCGGUUCCGGCCAAGAAGUACGAGUGCGUAACCCUAUUGUUUAGUGGUAUCGUAGGCUUCAGCCAGUAUUGCGCCAAAAACUCGGACUCAAUGGGAGCCAUGAAGAUUGUCCACCUCUUGAACAGCAUUUACACCACGUUUGAUGUGUUGACGGAUCCCAAGAAGAAUCCCAAUGUUUAUAAAGUGGAGACAAUCGGCGAUAAAUACAUGGCAGUGUCGGGCCUACCGGAGCCGUGCGAGAGUCACGCCCGGUGUAUAGCGAGACUCGCGCUCGACAUUAUGGACCUGUCGAAGAAAGUCAAGACCGAAGAGAUGAACGGAAUUGAGAUCACAAUUGGGAUCCAUUCGGGAGAAGUGGUGACCGGAGUUAUCGGCAAACGAAUGCCCAGAUAUUGUCUGUUCGGGAAUACAGUGAACGUGACGUCGAGGACAGAGACCACCGGCGAGAAGGGACGGAUCAAUGUGUCGGAAGACGCGUACAGUUGUCUAAUGGAAAAACACAAUUACGACCCGGAGUUUCACUUUGAAUACAGAGGACCCGUUCAGAUGAAGGGAAGGCCACAACCCAUGGAAGUCUAUUUCCUAUCCAGACUUCCCUACGAGAGUCGGGUCUGAAGUGUUGUGUGUUUCGCAAAAUGAUAUCAUUUUUAAUUAUAUAUGAAAUUUACACCAAAU